CGGACUCUGAGGUAGACAGGGACGGGAUCCCUGCGGUAUCCGAGGUCCCAAACUGAAUCGUAUGCCGCUUAUUCUUGCGGCCGAACGGCCAGAUCGCCAUGGCUGAUGGGUGGGAAGGGGGAGGGGGUGGUGUUGGUGUUGGUGUUGGUGGUGGUGGUGGUGGUGGUGAUGGCGGCGGUGGUAGCCAACAAGGGCGACCCGAGAGAUCAAGGUCUCGCUCACCCUUGUGCUCAGCUCACUGGCUGGUUGGUCAAACACAGGCGGUUUCCUGUUCGAUGGAUCGGGGAAGGGCGACCCGAGAGAUCAAGGUCUCGCUCACCCUUGUGCUCAGCUCACUGGCUGGUUGGUCAAACACAGGCGGUUUCCUGUUCGAUGGAUCGGGGAUGGGUGACUGAAUUCAUGAGGGGUGGUAGGUAGGUAGGUAGGUAGUAGGUGGGAGUAUUCUAGACCGGGAGACACGUGAGAAAGUGGUGAAGAGUCGGUGGAUAGCGGUGGAUGAUGUUUCGAAGAAGAUGGGAGAUGACCGGGAAGAAAUGACAAUGACACCGGAUGGAAAAGACAGAUGAAGAGCUCGACACGUGGAUGAGGGCGAGCAGACGAGC